GUUAAUUCUGACUCCUGACUGCGCAUGCGCCAAAUCAGGACAUUGGGACGGUCUACACGUUUGGGUGGAAACGGGUCCAGUUGACUUAUUUGAAAAGCUGCAGGAAUCAUGGGAGCCGUGUUCCUGCCAGCAGAUGCCGCGCACUCGGUGCUGCGGAGGCUCCCAAGAGCAAACUUCUUCUUGGAGGAGAUGAAACAGGGGAACAUUCAGCGGGAAUGCAGGGAGGAAAUCUGCAGUUAUGAAGAAGCCAGGGAGGCAUUUGAGAAUGAUGAGAAAACGAGGCGAUUCUGGGAGGAGUACCAGCGUGAAAGUAGCCCCAGGCCUGGAGGACUGGAGUCCAUCGCUGGUGGCGUUCAUUCCCUGUACCUGAUCUUACCCCUGCUGCUGGUUUUGCUGCUCAUUGCUGCAGUUUCCAUCACAGUUUGGAGAUGCCACUCACGCAAAAGAUCCCAGCAGAGUCCUGCCAUUGGGCGCCCACAAAGAGACACAACCCUGUCAGUGGUGUCAAUGGACCAGUGGGGUCGGGACUACCAUCCUGACAUCAGUCCUCACUCAGAGAUCAGUGCCCACAGUAGCCCCGCCUACCCAGGCGCUGACCUCACACCUGGGCGGGGCAGUCGGGGUGACCCUCCCCCUUCAUAUGAAGAAGCUGUGGGCCAUACAGAUAUACAGAUUGAAGCAGAGCCUCCACCACAAUAUGAAGACAUCAUCAGUAACACGGUUAUCAUCUCCCAUGGAAAGUGACGGGUCUUCCAGGCAUGUUAUCCACUCUCAUGUAGGGAUGCAUUUUGAUAGCAAUACUGUAAACCCUGUCAUUCCUUACCGGCUGUGUCUCUCUUCUCUUUUAUAGCUAAUGUUUUUGCAGGAUGUGAACACGUUUGGCCGUUUAUUUUUUAAGUACUAGAAGUAUUUUUUUACAACUUCACUACUAAAAUGACAGGCUUUUCAACUCCAGCACUAGCAGAACAGCUAAACUUCUUUACUUAAUGUGAAGAGAAAACAACUUACGCAAUAACAUUAUUCUUAGUACCGUUACAUUGUUAAAACUUUGAAUUGCGUUGACUUCAGAGAUUUUUACAAACUCAUAACAGCAUGAAUUCUAAUCCUAGUCCAAAUCCAGAGACAAAGUACUGUAAGUUAGUAAGUCCUAUGAGUGUCAGAACAUCUUACAAAUGAACUGAAUAUUUGGUCAGUUGUGGCCUCUCAUUGGACAACUAAAACAUAAUUGUAAAUAAUCAGUUUCAGAGGGAAAAAAUGCACAAUAUUUUCAGGAAGUUGUAAAUUUGAAUGUUUACUGACAUUCUGUACUUCAAGGUUCAUUGUAACCUUUAUCGAAAGCCAUCUAUCUCUAUGGAAUUGCAAAGACAUCACAAUGCAUUGGAUUCACAGCCUCAAUGAAAUUUUGAUAUAGGGUUGAUUUUUCUUUUCCACUAGUUGAAGUGUUAGAUUUGGUUAGCAUGUUCAGCUAAAUGGAUAACAAUUACUAAUGAUAAUGCAUUGCUGAUAACAUUGACCAAACAAAUUUAAUCCUGAUUUUAUGUAGCAUCGUGGUUGUUAAUGAUGAAUCAGACUAAGUGGGCACUUAGUUUACGUGUGAGGUUUUGCAUUUCGGAAAAUACAAUACUGAAAGGGAUAGAUCACCCAAACAUAUAAAUUUGCUCAAUAUUUAAUCCAUCAAACUCAGUCUAUCCAAGAUGUUGAUGAGUUUGUUUCUUCAAUAAAACAGAUUUGGAGAAAUGUAGCAUUACAUCACUUGCUCACUAACAGUUAUUUUGCAGUGAAUGGGUGCCAUCACAAUAAUCCACAUGAUUGUAGUCCACUAGUUAACAUACUGUGCGGUGAACAGCUGCAUGUUUGUAAGAAACAAAUCCAACAUUAAGAUGUGUUAAACCAUUGCUUCUGGCCAAAUUACCAGUCCUCUAUCCGUAAUAAAAACAUUCUGACGGCACCCAUUCACUGCAGAGGAUCCAUUGAUGAGCAAGUGAUGUAAUGCCACAUUUCUCCAAAUCUGAUGUGAUGAAUAAACAAAGCUAAUCUAUGGCUUGUGAGUACAUUUUCAGCAAAUUUUCAAUUUUGGAUGAACUUAACCUUGAACUGUUGUAUUGUGUAAGUGUGGCUUAAGGUUUGGCAUGUCAGUCGAGCCACAAUGAGUUCAAUGGCAAAACAUAGUAGACUAAAUGGUCUAUGCAACAGUGCUUUCUUUUCUCUCCAUAGCUUUGGAGCAAUUUACAUGGUCACAGCCUUGUGAAAUUUAUUCUUAUUGUGGCCAAGGAUUUAAUGGCCAUAUUAAGCAUCCCAAGCUGGGAAUUCUAGGACAAGCAAGAUGAAUUGUCCAUUGUGGAGGUAAUUAAUAAGGAGCUAGAAGCAUGCUUUUUGUGAAGCGGAGAUGAGCUGUGUGCAGACUCUCUUUUAGAUUUGUUUUCAGGUAAAUAACUUGUGUUUUGUUUCUCUAACCUCUUAGAAAAUGUUGUGAAAUAACAAUAUGACUACCUUUACCAUGCUGGUUGUUUAUAAGGGAAUUGUGGUAUAUUUUGAGUGUGUUGAAGGCUGUUUUUACACAUGGUUUGAUUCAACCCUUUUGCUUUCUCACUGUGGUUUUCGCUCAGAAUUGAAGUAUGUUUGCAUUUACAAUGCAAGUGUUAGUGGCAACUGAGUAACUCUAGCUUACUCUUCUCCCACGAAGAAUGACAUUUUGCUAACACUUUAACUUGAAACCUUUUAUUAUAUGUGACCCUGGAGCACAAAACCAAUCUUAAGUCGCUGGGGUAUAUUUGUUGCAAUAGCUUUUAUACCAUAAAUCAUUAGGAUAUUAAGUAAAGAUCAUGAAUAUAUUUUGUAAAUUUCCUACCAUAAAUGUAUAAAAACCUAAUGUUUGAUUAGUAAUAUGCAUUGCUAAGAAAUUCAUUUGGACAGCUUUAAAGGCGAAUUUCUAAUUAUGUGUUGUUGUUUAUUUAUUUAUUUUUUUUUUGUUGCUCCCUCAGAUACCAGAUUUUCAAAUAGUUGUAUCUCUCGGCCGAAUAUUGUCCUAUCCUCAAAAUCCAUACAUCAAUGAAAAGCUUAUUUAUUUCAGAUUAUGUAUAAAUCUCAGUUUGAAAAAAAAUUACACUUAAGACCGGUCCAGGGUCACAUAUUAUAAAGGUAUUCAUAAAAAACAUUUUAAAGCAUUAUGUAGUUUUAUAAUUGUAACCAAAGUUAAAAUGCAUUUCAAUAUUUGCAGAUUCCUUGUUACAUUUAAAUUGGUUGUUUAUCAUGUUUUAAUGCAUAUUUUCAAAAAGUGUAACAAUGAAUAGGUAAAUAUUGUGGUUACAAUUAUUCAUGAGAUCAUACAGUGAAUUUUAACACGUAUGCACUUGAGGUAAAGUGUUACUGAUUUUUUUCUCUUGAAAUUAAAAACUAUUGUGGAUAUGUGACACUAACGAUCAGGUUGGGCUUGUCUGUGUGUUUAACAGCAAGCGGACACCAUUUACCUCAGAGUAUAGUUUUCACUUCAGGCCCAGCUACACUAAACACAAACCUCAAGAAUUUCAGAUUAGGAUCCAAUUAUGGAAACAAGCUGUCCUAGUUCCCUAAAAAAAAUUAAAAGGAAAAACUCAAGGAAAUAUUCAGUAUUAAAUAUCAGGUGUGUGCAUGUGUGUGUGUGUGUGUAUGUGUGUAAAAAAGAGAGAAGGAAAGGGAACACAAAUAGGGAAAACUCAACGCAUUUGUACUUAUUCAGUAACUAUGAGUGAAUGCACUUUGUAAGGCACAGACUGCUCUUUGUAAAGAAAUAUUAACUGAUGUGUAAAGGAAUAUUAAUCGAUGUGUAAGAUGUGAUAAAUUACUAGAGAAAAAAAUGGCAAAUGCUGUUUGGUUUAUCCUCUUGGGUUUGAGUUUAUAUUCUCAGUUAAUUAACAACAUGCUCAGCUGACAUAAAUAUGCAAGAAAAUCCAUCACCAGCAUGAACUCAACAAAGCUUUGUGAAAAUCAAAACGGUCUCACUUUGCCUAAAAUUGUUUGUGUUUUUAAAGAUAAUGUGAAAUAAGUCUACCAUCAUUUGAAAUCCAGUCUGAUGAUGUUUGGCAGACUUUGACUGAUGUUGCUGUACAUGUGCAGGCUGAUGUUUCUGUGGUAGUUCAGAGUGAUUGUGGUGGUGUUUAUUGCUUAAGCCUUACUCAGAGAUAGAUCAUGUACUAAGAACAAAUGUAAUUUUUUGUAAUGAUUGAGCUUGACUUUUGUUUGUAAUAAAAGUUGUAAUGGCCUUCA